AGCAAAAUGAGUUCGAAAUUAAUCUCAAGCACCAUUCCAACACUCCAAAUCCACUCAAAUCAAAGAAAAUCUCCCAAACACAUCUCCUUCAAUUCAAUAAAACAAGCCCGAAGCCCGCACAAGGGCCCGAGGGCCUGCUCGACGGCCCAAAUACAUGGCUUCUCCCCUCCCGCCCAACCCAAGGAGACACUGUACGAACUGCUGGGAAUUGGAGAGGACGUGAGCAGCUUUUCCGACAUAAAAAAAGCGUACAAAAUGAUGGCCAGAAAGUACCAUCCGGACGUUGCCCCACCAGACCGAGUGGCCGAGUACGAAAAGAGGUUUAUUAUGGUGCAUGACGCCUACGAAACACUCUCCAAUCCUCGAUCCCGAGCACUCUACGACACAGACUUGGCAUUCCGCGCCGGUUUCUCAUCUUUCCCCGAGAAAUACCAGGGAAUGGAGGAAAAGAAGGGUUGGAGAAACAGCUGGGAGUCACAAUUGGACGAACUGCAGCGACGCGACCGUAGGGAGAGGUCGUCGUGGGGUGAACAAAUGCGGAACAACUAAUUGUGAAAUUAAAAUUAGCUAUAUUAAUUAAAUUAUGUAACAAGUUGUGAAUUUAAAUUAGCUGUUUGUGUUGCUUUAGGGGAGAAAAGGUCAUCUAAUUUUUUCUUCAAUUUGCAUUAAUUAUUUA